AUGCUUCUCCAGUAUUUAUCCGUUGCAGUCUUGGCAACGUUUGCAACCGCAACCUCCAAUCCUCAGGUGAACGCUCUCGGGUUUCUGAACUUGGGCUACACCGGUACUACUACGACAGGGCCCUUGAAACUUCACCAGUUUGCGUUUUACCUGGGUGACUCGUAUGUCAAGGGCCAAUCAGAAGGAACUUUCAAAAGGCAAGCGUACUAUAGCGCUCAAGAUGGCACUGGCGAAAAUGUCACCUUCUUGACAAACGCUGGUGAAGACUCAGAGUGCUUAGGCAAGGCCUUGACGUAUGCAUCCUCCAACGGCACGGAGAAGGCAGGCUCAGCGACCCUUCUCGAGAAAGACGUCUUGCUCCAUUCAGACCAGGAGUACCUGAUCUUCUCCACAUCCAAGUGCGAGAAGCUGGGAAAGGGAAAAGACUGUGGGGUGUACCGUAAAGACAUCCCAGCUUUCCAUGGAUUUGGCGGCACCGUGAAGAUGUUCUUGUUUGAAUUCGAGAUGCCCACAGAGCCCAACAAGAACAACUCCAACACAUUUUACGACAUGCCUGCCAUCUGGCUUCUCAACGCUAAAAUCCCAAGAACGUCCCAGUACUCAAGCAACCCCAACUGCUCGUGCUGGAACUCAGGGUGUGGUGAGUACGAUAUUUUUGAGAUCAUGAACUCCACGGAGUCCACUCACUUGUACUCUACCAUCCACGAUUACCAAGGCACCGACAGUAUCAACUUAGGGAUGGCUGCCAAGGGAUAUUUCGCCAGAGACUUGAAGAACAAGAUGCUUGGAGGCGUUGUGUUCGAUAAAGCUGGCAACGCAGUAUCUUUCAUGCUGAAUUCCACCAGCCUCGACUCCGAAAUCAGUGCGUCCGACUUGAAUAAGUGGAUUGACAUCCAGAACGAAGUGGAAGAUGAGUUGGCAAGUGUCACUUUGAAUACCAGCCAGAAGAAGUCUGAGGGUAUUGUUCCAUCCACAAGCUUGAUGGCAUGGCUUGUGUCUGUAUUCCUGGUCUAUAUGUAUAUUUAA